AGCACUUCCGGUGUAUGUGACGCGGCCCGGAGAUAUGUGGUUUGUCGUAUAAGACAACGUUUGCUGUGGAUUAUGGAGUUUCCUCAGCAUUCCCAGCAGCUGCUGUCAGCUCUGCGCUCCCAGCGGCACCGCGGCUUCCUAUGCGACUGCACCGUCCUGGUGGGGUCAUCCCGUUUCCUGGCUCAUCGAGCUGUUCUGGCCUCUUGCUCGCCUUUCUUCCACAUGUUUUACUCGGAUUCACUCUGUAACACUGGCGUAAAUGCUUCCAGCAGCUCUGUCACACUUGACAGUGACAUUGUCACGGCAGCUGCCUUUAGCCUGCUCCUUGACUUCAUUUAUGAAGGGGUCCUACAACUGGAGAAGUCUCCGCCGCUGGAGGAUGUAUUGGCAGCGGCGAGCUUCCUUCACAUGAACGAGGUGGUGAUGGUGUGCAAAAGGAGACUGCAGAGACGAGGGCCUAUGGCUGAGGCAGAUAGCACUCGCUCUGAGGAGAGCAUCGGGGCCGGGAAGGUAACGGAGACAGGGAGGCGGGAGAGGGGAGAUGUUGGGCUUGGGCCCGCGGUAACCGUGGCAGCAGAUCAUUUGAAUCUCAUUGCCAUGACAACAACCCCUUCACCAGUUCCCCUAAUGACAGGACGAAGCACGUUGGAGUCUGUCAAGUCAGAGUACAGGAUUGAUGAGGGUUCAUCCGAGGCACAUGUUCAGGCUCCCCCGAGUACCGAUGUCGCUGACACCACACAGCCUGGCAUGGAUGGGCCUCAUCUGCUACCACAGAGAGAACUGGUACAGGGACCCGCUGCGGUACAGUCUCAGAGGGAGUCGGGAGGUCCAAACAGGUUGAGGUCUUACAGUCAGGGUGAAGGCUCAGCUCUCUGCAGCCCAUGCAGCACCUCUGAAACCUACAGCAGCAACCAGCAGCCUUCUUCGUCUUCCCUGGUCUCAGACAUCCAGGGUAGCUAUCCGACAAUGGUUGUUGCUGCCCAGUCAGAAUCCAACAAGUCACCAGAUCUCCAGCAGGCUGAAGACAAAGAUGCUCAAGCAGAACCUUUGGUGUGGGAUUGCAGAGGGGCCGCAGGUGGUGAACAACACAUGGCCUCACUUGCGCAUGCACAAAACGAGUCACUUUUGCGUCCCCAAAUUCAAAUCCAGAGUGCCAUCUCUUUUCAACAUGAAGGCCAGAACACUCACCUCUCCAUGCCGCCCACUUCUCAAAACAUAGCUGCCACUGAGCGGGAGACAGCUGGAAGAGUGCAUCCCCCCAUAGGGUUAAGGACUGAGCACAAUAAUGGUGACGAAGCAAAGGUCAAAGUGGAGGCCAUUGUCAUUUCUGAUGAAGAGCAGGAAGAGGACAAAGAGGGCGCGGCAGUGAUGCUCAACGAAUUUGAAGAUGACAUCCAGGAUGAGGGUUCGUUACUGCCUCUACUGUCCACGACACGGCAACACUCAGACCACGCCACCUAUUUAGCAGACUUUAAGGACACCAUGGGGGGCAUCACGGAGGAUGUCCCGACAUGCUGUGUCUGUGGCAAAACCUUCUCGUGCACAUACACACUAAGGCGCCACGCCAUUGUGCACACGAGGGAACGCCCCUACGAGUGCCGCUACUGCUACCGCAGUUACACCCAGUCCGGGGAUCUCUAUCGACACAUACGCAAGGCUCACGACCAAACGAUGCCACCCAAACGCAGCAGGACUGAUGUGGAGUGCUUGCUAAUGCCACAACCGCCCCCACCCCCGCUUAGCUAACAAACACUCACUCGUUCCUUUUGCUUUUGAGUGUCGUAGGGAGCUCCAGCCCACCCCAGCUGACAUCGAGUGAGAGGCGGCGCCCCGGCUUGGCUACGCCUCUGCCGACCGCUAUACCAGCAGUGGCUUGUCGAUCAAACCGACUCCAAUAUAAUGAUGAACGAUCUUGAAAAAUAAUCUACUGUUAUUGUCAUUUUUUUCUUUAUGUUCUCACAUGUGCACAGGUGUGGAAAAGUGGGUCGACAGUGUAUUUUUUAAAAACAAAUUGAAAUCCUUUGCUAGUAUCUUUUUGUAACUGUUUACAGUAGCUGCUUUUGCACCCCCUGUAUAUAUAGUCUAAAGACUGAAACGAGCAAUGAAUUUUGCAUUCAACUACUUGAGAUUUUCCACCCUACUACAAAUUAGGAAUCAAGUUAAAUCAACCCCUAAAUCCAUUUUGUAUUUAAGAGCAGUGGUAGACUUUCCAAUGGCAAAAAAAGGGCUGCAACAAUUCCAGUGCCCCCCCCCCCCCACACACACACACACAUCUCAUUAAAUAAUGGCUUUUUUAGCCACACACUUAAAACAUCAAAAUGGUGAAUCGUGGUAGUUCUGUCCCACUUGUACAUUUAGAUGAUGUAAUUCAUUGUUCUGUUGACCUUUUACUGGAUUGGAAUGAACAAAGUUCUUAAUCUUCUCAAUCCUAGGUUUUAUGAAUGACAAAAUAAAAGGAAAAGUUCACACAAAA